GAUGCUAAUAUUUCUUCUUUUCCUGGAUAUUGUGUCAAUUGUAUCACCUAAAUUGUUAGAUUUAAGUGAUGCACUGGAUUCAAAAGAUGAAACAGGAAAAAAGACGGGUACAGGAUUUGAACAAUUCUUUGGAAUUCCCCUGGGAAGCGAUGCAGCACAAUUCGAGAAAUAUGGAGUUUAUGACCCAAAAUCAACUCGACAACAACUAAAAUGGCCUACAAAAGAAAGCAUAAACGGAACCAGCCUGGAUGCAUCAAAAGAAUACAGAAUAGCUUUUGAAAAAGACAACAAACCAAUAUCUCAAAAAGGAAAAGUUUACUUCGCGAAGAAUGAUACUGUGGAUGUAUAUUUGUGCAUAAAGGAAGCCUACAUGGUCGAGCUAGUGAAGGACAGAUUUGCCGUGUUAUUUUCCAAGUCACCGUCAGGGUCCACUAUUACAAACAUCACUGUAGAUGCAGAUACGGUAUUCAGCAUUUAUGCAGGUACACCGGACGAUGAUAACGAACUUCUUUACACAUAUAAUGAGAAGGCGAGAAUCAAUGCUAUUUAUAUCCAAGAGGAGGUAUUUUAUAUUGUGAGCAAUGGAACGAAGUUUAAGUUUUGGGUUUCAGACGGCGGAGUGUCUCCACUUGAGAAAAUAUUCGGUAAUAUUGGACUCGUAAUGACACCUCAAUACCCUGCAAUGCCUGAUAAAAUUUACCUGAAUACGCCAAUAACAGUGAUCCCACAAGCUGUGGACAGAGCUGUCAACGUAAAGUUAACUGGUCAAUUAGCUGCUGAGACAGUUACCACAACUACAGAGACCCCGACUACAGUGACCACGACUACAUCGGGCUCGUCUUCAUUUCUACAGCUAGACGCAAGUAUUCCUUCUGUUGGUAGUAUCAAAAUAACGGCAGGACCGAACAAAUGUACCAUUCCAACAAUUUCAACCACCGAGCUUACCGGUGACUGUGACAUAAUUCUUCCUGCAAAUUCUACCAGUUUUCAAGUUGAAUCAACAAAAUCGGCCUAUGUAAUCCUGUUUGAUAUCGAAGACCUUCCAGUAACAACAUCUUCACCUGCUACUACUCCGAAACCUACAGCAAAGCCCACAACAGCACCCGAAUGUACAUGCCCACCAACCACGUUCCCAACAACAAGAGCUCCAAAUACCGCGUGCCCUCCUGUAUCCACUUGUCCUCCAGUUGUGACAUGCCCAGCUUCGUGCAUAACCACGACCACUGAAAUUCCAACUACCACUGACGGAGCGGCCACUGUAUUUGCAGUCUCUUCGUUUACAAUUUUAUGCGCUUAUUACUUGCUAUAAACUGAGACGUUGAAGAAUAACUGUCGAUAAAUUACUUGAAAAUUUCG